GUUCCGCGUUAUUAAGAGAUGUAGAGUCACAAUACUAAACAGAUGUUAACGCAAGAAUUCCAAGUGCAGAAAAAUAUAGAAUAAUAGAAGUAUAAACAAGUGUAAUCAAAAGGAACUUCCGACUUGAGGGUUUUUCUCAGGCUCGGGAAUAUGCCUUCUGAUGACGAAGAUAUAAAGAAAGGCAACACUCGAAUGCAAUGGAUGCUUACAUUAUUAGUAAAUGGCGCUUCCUUAACUUACGGUUUCGAAAUCGGAUGGAUGUCGCCGACUGCGAGGCUGCUGCAGUCUGCGCAGUCGCCCAUAGGCGGUAUUAUAUCAGACUCAGAUCUAGCAUGGAUAGCCAGCAUCAUAAACUUAUCAGCGAUUCUGGGAGUUAUAAUUUUUAGAUACAUAACUGACAAAUAUGGAAGGAAAAUUGGCAUAUUAUGGCUUGCAUUUCCUCAACUGAUAUCUUGGAUCAUGAAAGUCGUUUAUCCUACGACCACAACACUCGUGAUUUCGAGAUUAUUCGGUGGGGUGGCGUCGGGCGGAUUAUUUUUAUGCGUCCCUAUUUACGUUAAGGAGAUCAGCCAAGACGACAUACGGGGCUCGCUGGCGGUCCUUCUGCCUGUCGUUCAGUAUAUCGGAGUUAUUAUAAUGUACGCGCUCGGCGCCUACUUAGACUAUUACUAUGUGGUGUACUCCGUGAUUGGUGUACCAGUAUUAGUGACUCUACUUUUACUGCGAGCCCCCGAGUCGCCGGCGUUUCUUGUUAAACGAGGAAAAGUUGAUGAAGCCCGAGAAAUUGUGGCUUUUCUCAGAGGAUUGCACAAAAAUGACUCAACAGUGACGAAUGAAGUGGCAGCUAUGGAAAAAGCGGACGAAGUUUAUAAAUCGCUGCCCGAAGUAUCUACAAAAGAUAUUAUGUUUAAAGAUAGAAAAUGGCGGAGGUGGAUCUAUCUAAUAAGCAUAUUAUUCAUCCUUCGCGCGAUGAACGGGACUCUGUCGAUACAGACGUACGCUCUUUCGGUGCUCCUCUCGACCGGUAGCACGUACAGCGUCAGUCCGGAGAUCUUGACUUUCACCUUCCCUAUCGUCAUGAUCAUUACCGCCCUGCUACUCACCACUGUUGUCGAGCGAUUCGAAAGAAAGCGUCUAUUGUGCUUUGCUCAUGUAGUAACGGCAGCAUCUAUGGUGGUGUUGGCAGCGGUUCCGCUCCUGCAGCAGGCCAAUGUACAAAUAUCAGGGUGGCUGCCACUGUCCCUGAUAAUAAUCAUUUCGGCCAUGUUCUCCGGCGGUGUUUCUCCUUUGCCUUUUAUUUUGUUGACGGAAAUGUUUACUUUUGAGAUUCGAGCCAAGGUACUCGGUAUAGUGUCGUGGUACGCGUGGUUAUUUAUUUUUAUCAUAACGUUUCUUCAUCCGAUAUUGAUGUCUCAAGUUGGGAGUUCCAACACUUUUUUUGUCUAUGCCGCAUUCAAUAUAAUUGCUGGAAUAUUCACAUUGAUAUUUUUGCCAAAAACACGAGGAAAAUCUGAGGCUGAAAUAAAAAGGACAAUGGGAACAACAUGAAAACACUAUCUCAUUUAGCUAUAGAAAGCUUGAGAGAUUUGUUCUGCUCGAUAAUAUAUAUUUUGUCUGUUACUAUACCAAUGAUAUUCCAAUCUUA